UGUUUCUGCCGGAGCUUUACAGUGUGACACCAGGCGGUUGUAAACAAAAAGCAUGGGUAGAGUUAGCCUCGCUGCUGUGUGGACUGAACUAUAAAACGGCUGUAUUGUAGUAUCAUUGAGAAAUAUUAGAGUGUUAAAGUAACGAUGUCUCUAAUUGAGCAUCUGAGAGAGUUGAUCAGCGACAGACUAACUGCUGCUGCUGAAGAAAUAUUCACAGAGUUUGAAAAAACCAUCGUCCAGUACCAGGAGGAGAUCGAUCGUCAGCGCAGACUGCUGGAUGUCAUCUGGAAACCACACAUCCCCUUACAAUCCAUAGAGCUCCCACAGUCUUAUGUCUGUGAAAAUGAGAAGACUUUUGUUGACCAUCAGCCCCAUGACCAGGAGAGAAACUCCAUGGUGGACCACGAUGACCCAGAGCCUCUACGGAUUAAAGACGAGCAGGAGGAACGCUGUGCCAGCCUGGAGCAAUCAAACCCAGAGCUUCCUCAAAUUAAAAGGGAAGAGGAAGAAUUCUGCACCAGUCUGGUCCAAUCAAAUCCAGAGCUUCUUCAAAUUAAAAGGAAACAGGAUGAACUCUGCACUAGUCUGAAUCAGUCAAACACAGAGCUUCCACUAAUUAAAACAGAGCAAGAGGAACUCUGCUCCAGUCAUGAGGAGGAGCAACUUGGAUUGAAACAGGAGACUGAUACCUUUGUGGUGACUCCUGCUUAUGAAGAAAGUGACCACAGUGAACCAAAACCAAACAGCGAUCAGCUCCUGUUUCACGUCUCUUGUGCAGCUGAGAGCCCAGAUCAGGCUGGAAGCAAGGAUGUAGACUCAGGAUCAACUAGACAUGUCACGCUGAAGCCAAGACAUCAAAGUACCAGCAGUCACAGUAAUGAUGUAGACAAUGCUCCAAUGUCUGAGAGACAGUGUGAUAAUGACAAGGCAACAAAAUCUCUAACAUGUGAGGUCUGUGGAAAAGCUUUUGGGCGCAAAUCAAAUUUAACGAGACAUCACAGAACCCACACAGGUGAGAAGCCGUAUUCUUGUGACACCUGUGGAAAAAGCUUCAGUCAACGGAUCCACAUGAAGAGUCAUAAGAGAACACACACAGGUGAGAGAGACAUCUGUGCAGGAGGUAGAUCACUGCAUCAUCAACCCCGAUGCCGGGCUGGUAGGCGAAUUGCAGCGGGUCCGUUGAUGAGCUCACCAGGAGUCGCAUAUUACAGAGGACCAACCAUUCCAGGGUCUUCACCAGAGCUCCCACAGUCUGAUGUCUGUGAGAAUGAGAAGACUCUCGUUGACCAUCAGCCCCAUGACCAGGAGAGAAACUCCAUGGUGGACCACGAUGACCCAGAGCCUCUACGGAUUAAAGACGAACAGGAGGAACUCUGUGCCAGUCUGGUCCAAUCAAACCUAGAGCUUCUUCAAAUUAAAAGGGAGCAGGAUGAACUCUGCAUGAGUCUGAAUCAGUCAAACACAGAGCUUCCACUAAUUAAAACAGAGCAAGAGGAACUCUGCUCCAGUCAGGAGGAGGAGCAACUUGGAUUGAAACAGGAGACUGAUACCUUUGUGGUGACUCCUGCUUAUGAAGAAAGUGAUGACAGUGAACCAAAACCAAACAGCGAUCAGCUCCUGUUUCACGUCUCUUGUGCAGCUGAGAGCCCAGAUCAGGCAGGAAGCAAGGAUGUAGACUCAGGAUCUACUAGACAUGCAACGCUGAAGCCAAGACAUCAAAGUACCAGCAGUCACAGUAAUGAUGUAGACAAUGCUCCAAUGUCUGAGAGACAGUGUGAUAAUGACAAGGCAACAAAAUCUCUAACAUGUGAGGUCUGUGGAAAAGAUUUUAGGUAUAAGUCAGAUUUAAUCACACAUCACAGAACCCACACAGGUGAGAAGCCGUAUUCUUGUGACACCUGUGGAAAAAGCUUCAGUCGACGGAUCCAUGUGAAGAGUCACAUGAGAAGUCACACAGGUGAGAAGCCGUAUGUUUGUAGCACCUGUGGAAAAAGAUUCAGUGACAGUGGUAGUUUGAAAGUCCACAUGAGAUGUCACACAGGUGAGAAGCCAUAUUCUUGUAAGACCUGCAGAAAAAGUUUCAUUUGCAGUGGUUAUUUGAGAGUCCACAUGAGAAGUCACACAGGUGAGAAGGCAUAUGUUUGUCACACCUGUGGAGAAACAUUCACUCACGGUUGUAGUUUGAAAGUCCACAUGAGAUGUCACACAGGUGAGAAGCCAUAUUCUUGUAAGACCUGCAGAAAAAGUUUCAGUCGCAGUGGUAGUUUGAAAGCCCACAUGAGAAGUCACACAGGUGAGAAGCCGUAUGUUUGUAGCACCUGUGGGAAAAGAUUUAGUGACAGUGGUAAUUUGAAAGUCCACAUGAGAUGUCACACAGGUGAGAAGCCAUAUUCCUGUAAGACCUGUAGAAAAAGUUUCAGUCGCAGUGAUAAUUUGAAAGUCCACAUGAGAAGUCACACAGGUGAGAAGCCGUAUGUUUGUAACACCUGCGGGAAAAGAUUUUCUCGUGUAUCGAUAUAUUCUAGCCACAUGGCAGUUCACAAGAAGAAAAGCCAAAUUCUUGUGGAACAUGUGGAAAAAGCUUCAGUCAAUGGGCCUAUUUGACUGUCCACAUGAGAUGUCACACAGGUCAGAAGUGUAAUGCACUAAGGAGCAGAACAUUCCAGAGCAACACACAAAGAUUCAAAGACCCUCUCCCAAAUCUGUAAAUUUGGUAAGCCACCAUUUCAGGAGACCGCUAACCUAAAACUCACAUCCAAAGGGAACAUCUGCUGAUCGGAUGUUUACUACUAAAGGACCACUCACGACUCUUUUGGAGACAACAGGAUGCCUCCUACCUCCACUAGAAUCUGAUAAAGGUCAUAAAGUGUCAGCUGUGAGGAAAACCACACCUCUGCACAAUUAGCAUUCUGACCUUCUGAUCUCCCAACUUAGCACACAGAACUUUCUACGCAGGAAUGAAUUGAACAAUUUAAAUCAGAACAUUAAGGAAAUGCACCAUCAUCGGAAUGACGAUCUGGACUCAGUUUCUGAUACCAGGUUGAUCAGGACCAGUAUGGAAGAAGAACACAUGGAAUCUGAAGUGUUUGUGGAAGAUGCACACAUGAUACACAAACACCCCCUUGACAGAUGCAAACUGAGAAGCAUGACCCAAGUUAGCUUCACUGCUGUGUGAACUGAGCUAUAAAACGGCUGUAUUAUAGUAUCAUGGAGAAAUAUUAGUGUGUUAAAGUAACGAUGUCUCUAAUUGAGCAUCUGAGAGAGUUGAUCAGCGACAGACUAACUGCUGCUGCUGAAGAAAUAUUCACAGAGUUUGAAAAAACCAUCGUCCAGUACCAGGAGGAGAUCGAUCGUCAGCGCAGACUGCUGGAUGUCAUCUGGAAACCACACAUCCCCUUACAAUCCAUAGGUGUGUAUGUGUUCUGAUGGUAAAGAAUUCCAAUUAUACCAUGUAGAACAUCAUGAAGUGUUCAGGUGAAUAGAUUACGGUGAACUGAGACACAUUGUGAGAAAGAGAGAAUGGCCUCAUAAUAUGGUGUCUGUUAGUUGAUGUUGUGUGGAGUUUUUAAAAUGGUGAUCGUUGUGUUGAUUGACCCUGGAACCAAGAACCAAAGUUUUCUGUUCAGAGGUGCUGGAAGUGUGUAUCUGAACUACACACUGACACCAACUGCAUUGUGUUAUCAAACAGUUAAUAAUAAAACUGUGACAGAGGA